CAGUGAACGAUGAUGAGGAGUGAGGAAGCAGCCAGGAAGUGUGAGAUGGUGCAGAAGAACCACACCACCCUGCUCACAGAUGGACAGGAUGCUCCCAGUUUUAAUGCUAGGACACUCUCCCCAUCCUUGGAAUCUGUUGCAUUCAAUACAGCUCUCAAAAAACUUAAUUUUUUUUAAUGCAGUCCUAGCUAGAUCCAUCCAAGGCUCCAAGCCCCAGCAAACAAAAGCACUGUUUGGCUCCAAAUAGUUGAACUGCAACUCCUCUCAUUUUCAGAGUGUUAAGUAGUACCCCUCCUCACAUGUGUGCUUUGCUUGCUUGCUUGUGUGAUUAGUGGAGUAAUCAGGAAGAAAAUAGUGGGGAGGCAGGCCAAGUGGAAGAUAAGUGUGUGUGGGUGUGGCAAUAAAGGUGAAGUCUUCAAGUUUGCAAUCUUCUCCCCUUGCUCCCACAAGAUUACAAAUCUUGUGUUUGUCCUGUUGCCACUGCCUCUGGUGCCAUAGAAAGGAGAUAAGAAGAAACCAAGAAAAAGGAAAAGAAAUAAAGUCGAAAACUUUCUGCUGAUAUUUUGCACACAUAUAUUUUUAUUUCUCCUCCUACUUCUGCACACUCUGGAAAAUUCUGUGCUUGGUGGGAAGUUGGGGGAAGAAGCUUGGAGCUUUGAGCUUCUGAAUUCUCAAGUCUGAUUCAAGGAGGAGAGGAGUUCUUGAGGUGUUGGUGUAAUGGGGGAGAUGAACCAACCUCCGCCGCCGCCGGUGGCCGUGCCUCCGCCGAUGAUGGUGCAGCCCAUGAUGCAUCCCGUCGGCGCCGGCGCCGUCUUCCCGCCGCACGAGCAGUUCCACCAUCUCGCCUACUGCGUCCACUCCAACCCUUCUUGGGUUCAGGUGGCCGCACUUGCAUUCCUUCACUAUCUUGUGAUGCUGGGUUCUACUGUCAUGCUUGCAUCAACUAUUGUUCCUGCAAUGGGUGGUAACCCGGGGGAUAAGGCUCGGGUUAUUCAAACCUUCCUAUUUAUGAGUGGCAUUAAUACACUGCUCCAAACACUUAUUGGAACACGACUGCCUACAGUGAUGAAUGCUUCCUUUGCAUUUGUCAUCCCAGUAUUGUCAAUAGCCAGAGACUUUGAACAGAAUAACUAUCCAAGCAGCCACCAGAGAUUUACUCACACAAUGAGAGCAACUCAAGGGGCUCUUAUUGUUGCUUCUAUCCUCAACAUGAUUCUCGGAUUCAGCACAAUUUGGGGGGCGUAUGCCAGGAAAUUCAGUCCUGUAAUAAUGACCCCUGUUGUUUGCGUGGUUGGUCUUGGGCUAUUUGCACUUGGCUUUCCCCAGGUUGGGAAGUGUGUGGAGAUUGGGCUACCAAUGCUAAUCCUUGCAAUUGUUGUGCAACAGUAUGUGCCACAGUACUUUCACCAUUACCAUGAUCGAAUCACCUUCAUGUUUGAGAGGUAUUCGUUGCUUCUUUGUAUCGGGAUUGUGUGGGCCUUCGCAGCUAUCCUUACUGCUGCUGGUGCAUACAACCAUGUCUCACUCAAGACCCAGCAGCACUGCCGCACUGACAAAUCUUAUCUCAUGUCGUCAGCACCAUGGAUAAAAAUUCCAUACCCCUUCCAAUGGGGCACACCAAUCUUCACUGCAGGUCAUUCAUUUGGAAUGAUGGGUGCUGUACUUGUUUCAGCUUUUGAGUCGACUGGUGCACACUUUGCAACUGCACGUCUAGCUGGUGCGACACCACCUCCUGCUAGUGUCCUUAGUAGGAGUAUUGGUUUGCAGGGCAUUGGAAUGUUCCUGGAAGGUAUCUUUGGUGCUCCAGCUGGUUCAUCUGUAUCAGUUGAAAACAUUGGGCUUCUUGGACUAACAAAAGUUGGAAGCAGGAGAGUGAUCCAGAUAUCAACUGGAUUUAUGAUAUUCUUCUCCAUAUUUGGGAAGUUUGGUGCCUUCUUUGCCUCUAUUCCAUUGCCAAUCUUCGCAGCAAUUUUCUGUAUCUUAUUUGGCAUCGUUGCUGCUGUUGGAGUCUCCUACAUGCAAUUCGCAAACAAAAAUUCGAUGAGGAACAUAUACAUCAUUGGACUCUCCCUGUUUCUAGGCAUGUCAGUUCCUCAAUAUUUCAACGAGUACACUGCUUCUGCUGGCACUGGACCUGCCCGGACGAAUGCUGGAUGGUUCAAUGACAUCAUAAACACAGUCUUCUCAUCGGGCCCGACAGUGGCGCUGAUCGUCGCAUCGGUCUUGGACAACACACUGGAGGCAAGGGCCCAUGAAAACGACCGAGGGCUCUCAUGGUUCAGGCCGUUCUUGCACCGUCGGAAAGGUUUCUCGGAUCCUAGGAACGACGAGUUCUACAGCUUCCCAAUCAGGGUCCAUGAUGUGAUUCCGAGCCGGUUUCUCUGACGCGCUGAGAAGGAGCAUGGUCACCUGUGCUUCAUUCAGUUCUGUGCAUGUAAAUCUCUUUGUUCUUGUUAGCCCCCUCCUUACUCCUGUGACAUGUAGCAAUUGGAAGAUUAAAAAGGUCUCAACUUAGUGGGGAUAUGGUACAAAUGGUUAGGACUUUUUGGUUUUCUUUUCUUUUCUCUUCCUCCCUCUGGGCCAAACCAUGAUGGUGUAGAGUUGUAUGACCUUGGUGAAAUGAUUUUGGGAUGGAUCUUUAAAGAAUUACCAGCUAGUACCUCAUUUGUUGAUUGCUCAGUCAGUGGUGUGUAGUUGUGCUUCCAGUACAUGCAUUGACUCAUCAUAACUCUGUUGUAACAGCAUUGUUCUUUCAGAAUCAGACCAGGUGCACUGCACACUCAAAUCAUGGGCAGUUCUUUGAAUG